UUUUGAGGCGGGCGGGCGCGAAGGGUUUUCUGCGCUACAGAUCGCACCUGGCCGGUCCACGGCUCACUCCUUCCUUUGUGGAAGGAUCUGCACUCCUGAAGUUGUAAAUUCCAAGAAGAGGAUGGAAGUUGUGAGUAAUAUUCAGACUGACUUCCACAGCACCAAAGAGUCUUUCAGAAGCCCUCCAUCCCUUCUUCUGGACAGCUUUGUGGAGGAGCCCCAGAAAAGAACUGAUGUUCCUCACCACCUCCUGGAAUCAAAGAUUUAUACAAAGCUAUUAAGAAAUAAUGCUAUACAGGCUAAACCUGCCAUCAUGCAUUAUGGAGGAUUUGAGGUAGAAAAACAUCAUCAGCAAGUGCUGAAACUGAUAAAUAUUUCCGGAGAAGUUAUAAAUAUCCAUAUUAUUCCGCCCGAGACAAACUAUUUCCAGAUCAAAUAUAACAAAAUUCAGCGGCUUGUCCCUGGCUUGUCCAUUACAGUAAUGGUUGAUUUCUGCCCUGAUGAAUGGCGAUACUACUAUGACUGCAUCCGAAUCCAUUCUCAGGGAGAUGAAACUUUGCUGAUCCCACUCCAUGCCUAUCCUGUGAUGAAUAAUGUAGAUUUUCCAUCCUACAUUAAUUUGUCGGAUGUUCCUUUGGGACAAUGUAAGCCCUAUGUGAUCCCAUUGCAGUGUAGCUGCCCCAUAGAUUUUGAGUUUCAGGUUGAAUACCUUCAGCCCCACAAAGCCUUUACUGUACAACCCAUGUCAGGAAUAAUUCCAGCCAGUGGGAAAUCAGAAGUGAUAGUUACGUUUGCACCUUUUGAAUAUGGGACAGCCCAAAUAAAAAUCCAGUUGUGGAUUUCACAGUUUAACUCAAAACCUUACACUUGUACGUUCACGGGAACAUCCACCCCACACCUAAGUUUAACAAGGGGAGACUUUGAGGACCAAGAGUCACUUUUGCAUAGAAUACCAAAGUCUUCUGAAAAAGCCGUGUUUUGCCUGCCACAGAAAACAAUAUCACCAAAAGAAAAAAAAUCCAGGCCGCUACAAAAAGGACAGACUAUUGAAUAUAAAAACUUGAGGUUCCCUGUUGAUUUGUCAAAUCCUUACGCUGUGGGAACAGUUUUGAUUCAAGAACCAGGAAAAUUGAAGAUUAAACAUUUAAGAGAAGUUCUAGGAGGACAAGGUGAUGGAGGGACUAAAACACGACAGAUAAAAGAAGCUGUUUUUCAGCUGAAAGUCAAACAGGAUGUACAAGAAGAAGAAAUUAAUCAACUUAAGUGGCAAGUUCAUUUAGGUAAAGAUCCCAUAUGUCCAACUGUUCAAAAACAAAUCCUUGAAGAUCGACUGAAAGAAGAAGAACUUUACAAGGUGAGGGUGGAGUACAAAAAUAACCCCUGGAUUUACAUAUAUAUCUAUGGAGAUUCAUCCAGGUCAUGGUUGUUCCAGAGAUGUUUUUCUUUUUUUUUCUUUUUUCAAAAGGCAGCUGGACUUUCUUGGUGUUUUCUUUGAAAAUCUUUUGCUUCAGGAACUGAAGAAGCUUCUUGGAUGAGAAGCAAAACAGUUUCAAAGAAAACACCAAGAAAGUCCAGCUGCCUUGGGGAAAGAAAC